AGAACCACCAGCCACGGUCUGUCAGCCUUUUGAAAAUACACCACUUCCCCUAUACGUUGAUAUAAAAUUGUACACCGAUCUCUCUUCCGCAUUUGUGUUACGCAUAUUCAUAUUCUUUUUUAUCAUUUUGUGCAUCGGUACAGAUUCAUUCUUGUGAUGGAAAAGUCUGCACCCAACAAAAAGAUUUUCCGUGACUAGUCGUGGUAAUGAAGUUAUAUCAAGAUUGAUGGCAUCAUCUCAAUUUCUUUUGUUUUGUAUGAUGAGGUUGUCUGGGAUACGUAUCUAUUGGUAUAGCUACAAACUCUGCGUACUACUACUUGGCACACAUCCAUUUUCUUUAUAGUGAUGACUUUUACGUAGACGCCUAUUCCAUGAUUAAUAGUAGAUGUGUUGUUGGUCUUUCAGUUUCACCAGCGAAAAUGGCACGAAAGCGCGUGCGUCCUGACGACCCCCUGUGGGUCUGCUGCUGUUGUGGGGGGCUCCCAAUAAUCGGUUUGGUAAAGGCCGCAAUAUUUGUUCCGCCACCGUGCGUGUUCCUCACGGUCUCCGCAACUCUGACUGCGAUCGCGUCUGCGCCUUACCAAACUUACAUCUGCGCGCGUGUGCUCUACUCAACGGCACUUGUUGGGCCGAAUCUACGGGUGGCGCUACUCCUGCUUUUGCCCUUUGCGCUGCUGUUGGCGAUUCCCGUUGCGGUGUUCACCGUUGCCGCAGCUUGUUCAAGCCUGUUCUUCACCGCGCACAUGCUCGCGUCUGUUUUUGACGAGCGGGAACCAUCCCUGCUUUUUGGGGGUGUCGCAGAAAUGUAUCACGAACGUUGCUGGAAAACUCUCGUCGAUUUUGUUUAUGGCAUGACACAGUUUUCCUGGUGGCAUUUCGGAAUUGAUACCUUUAAAAAAAGAAUACUUCAACAUCGAUCUGGUUACGUCGAUAUUGUCGUCGCUCUAAUUGUCGGAUAAUCAAUAACUACUUGUGAUUUUUUCAAGUUUAUCCUCGACCUCGAGUCCAUCUAAUUUUCACGUUGGUCCCGCGAUUCUCCGAAGGGUUUGCGACAUCGACUAGGGGACAUUCCAGAAGACUGGCGUGGGGAGUUCUAUGAGGUUAGGGUCGCGAGGGUCUUUGCGGUGAUUGUGGUAGCACUUUUCACCGCGGUCGUGAGUUUGUUUGCGGGUGUCCUGAUUGUAGUGGGGAAGCUUUUGGGUUGGUGGUUCCGCGCAGCUCGUUUUGCCGUGACCUUCUUCCCAGAACGACAGCCGUGGUGGUGGCACUGCUGGUUUGUGCUCACUGUGCUCUCGUUGGCCCUGCUUCCGGCGAUCGCGGUCCUUGGGGUACCUGUGUUUGCUGCGGCUUGUGCGAUCCGCGUAGGGUGGAUGUUUCUCUACGCACCGCGAGGCUUUGGCGUGAUCUCUGUCGCGUCUUACGAACUGCUUGCCUGUUUGCAUGAGGCGGAUGUCCGCACGACCGAGUUAGUUCAUCCAAGUCUUAGAUGGCUGUUUCGAGUCGACAAUCAGCACCAUGCCUCCUCGACUGUGCAAGGUCAACGAUCGAAUAUACUUGCGGAUCCAAGGAAGCCGAGUUUCGUUACUCUAGGCCUAACAUUCCUCUUCUCUGUGAUUCCCGGUCAAGGUGCCCAUCUAGAUGGGCUGCUGCGUGUGGUUCAAAGCGGUGGCUAUUUUAUGAUGAUGAGCUUGUGAUUUUCAUUUGGGUCAUGAUCAUUCCGACGAUGCCGUUCAUUUUUGUCCAACCUUUUACUUUUCUAGUUUCGCGCGAAAUGAUUUUUCGCUCGAAGAUGAGUAUCUGUAUUUUGUCAUCUCAUUGCAACUUCUUGCUUGAGUAUCUGCAGUAGAUGAUUCAAUAAUAUAUCCUAGGGGUGUUAUAGUAGCUAGGCGACAAGGAAGGUAUGAUCAUGUCUAUGGGAGCGCCUCUGUUUGUUCUAAGUUCGACGCUCUGGCACGCGCAUCGUCUGCUACCGGCAGCAGGCGGCGCGGAAGGCGGGAAGCACAGAUCACUGCUGCCGAAGGCUACACCAAUGCUAGGAGUUCGAGCACGGGUGACGAGUUUGAGACAAGUGCAGACGAGUUAGGAAGCAUAUUUGACUUGUUUGCUGAAGAUAUCACGGCUUGUGGUGUUCUUGCAAUGAACGCUGGAUGGAUAUCCAGAGACGCCAUUGACGCCGCUUCGCAUAGCGCGGUUGUCGGACUGCCUGCACUCGCUGUCUUUCGAGUCCUGGACCGCAGCUUUGACCGACUAGCGUACCUCGAUCAGAUAGAACCUAAACACGUUGCUAGCAAGAGGCUCGGUAGCGUAACGGUGUGCUUCUCUGACGAGUACAGCACCUCUGACGUUGGUAGAAACGAGAGGGAGAAAGAUGGUAGCAGAAUGGACUCGUCGGUACGUGCCCGCUGUAGCAGUGCGCAGAGUACAGGACGGGGGACAACGACAUUGCGCGCGCCUGCAGUCUGCACAGCAGACAACCCAGUGUGGCAUGAAGUAGUUGCGCGCAGGCUGUGGGGAGAUAUAACACGGUUAUGGAAGUGCAUGCGCACCUACCGAGCUGCUGUGGACCCUUUCUUAUGAAACUAGCAAGAGUCCAUUUCCUCAUCCUCUAUGGUGUCUCCGGACGGCGAGCAAGGCCUGGCUGGCUUCUUGGAAACUAGUGAUUCAAACAUGGUCAGUCUAGAAAAGAUACCACGUGACAGAGGAUAAUGUGUGCUUGCUGGCGCUAAAACUUAAGUCACAAGUGUCUUCCGAACUGCUCCAGAUACGAGUCUGUGUGGCGGCAGAACCCGACGGCCAUCUAACAACCGUGUCUAGGAAAAAGUUAGAGACCGCGACGGCGCCCAAUAGGGAGGCAGAGAUGUCGAAAACAGGACUCCCAACAACUGCACGCCGAGAAAUCAUAGAAGCAGAAGAGGCACUGUUCAAAGCGAUUACAAGUUUCGCGUUUUUGCUCACGCGCCUAGGGCAUUUCAAAGACAGACUCGGACCAGCACUCAGACGCAUUCACCAGCACGAAAGCAUGGCUCAAAACGAGAAAGCGGGGCCCAGAACGUCCUGACAUAAAUGUAUUCUCGUUCUUGUCCUCGGAAAUCCGUACUAGACACAAACUACUGACCUUUUUUUUCUGCAAACCUCAAGAUUCGUUCCCCAUUUGCCCCAUGCGCGC